CCACAUGCGCACGGCUUGUUAAAGUGGAUGAAUAUAUUCACAGUAUUAUGAACCUCUUCUCCCCCUCUCCCCCCCCAUACACCACCACCAUCACCUCUCUCAUCUCUUCUGCCGUUCGGCUCCAUCACCGGCCCCUCCCCUUUACCACGCCUGUCUCAAUCGCCUCUCAGUAUGGUAUGACACAAGCAGAUCGAUGAAUACCCAUGGAGCAACGCGUGAGUAACGGGUGGGCCAGGCGUUAUUCCGCAGCAGCCAACCAAUGGCAGGGGACGCAAUUAGUGGCCAGUCGGCUUGCCCUGCUUGUUUUCUUUAUCUCUCCACUCCUCUCCCUGCAGGUGACACUCCAGAGCUCCUCUGCCCUCCUGAGGAUUCAGUGAGACAGGCGGAUCUGUGCGCCUGACCAUGGCCUUCCCAUCAGCCCCCUCUGCAUUAUGGAGUGUCAGCUUAUUGACAGCUCUAUUCGCUGCUGUGGUUCACAGCAACAUUGUCUAUGACGAUGACCCCUUGCAGCCAGUGACCUCAGAUGAGACGGUGUCCGUGGGGGGCACGGUGACACUGACCUGCCGGGUGGCUGCGAGUGACAACUCCUCACUGCAAUGGUCCAACACUGCGCAACAGACCCUGUACUUUGGAGAAAAGAGAGCGCUGAGAGAUAACCGCAUCCAGCUGCACCGCUCAACAAACACCGAGCUUUCCAUCACCAUCGCUGAAGUGCAGCUGUCCGACGAGGGCGAGUACACCUGCUCCAUCUUCACCAUGCCAGUCCGCACCGCCCGGGCCACCGUCACCGUGCUAGGUGUGCCCGGUAAACCUCAGAUCUUGGGCUUUGAGAGUGCAGUGCCGGAGGGGGGCAAAGUCACCCUGACCUGCACCAGUACUGGCAGCAAACCCCCCGCCAGGCUGCGCUGGUACCGAGGAAACCAGGAGCUGGAAGGACGUCCAAACGUGGUGGAGUCCGUUCCAGACGAUCCCACAUACAACGUGAGCAGCGAGCUCACUCUGGAGGUGAGCCGCAGCGACGACAAAGCCCUCAUCACCUGCGCUGUCGACCAUCCCUCUCUCGCCCCGGGGGACAAGAGGAGCGAGCAGGCUCUGCGGGUGUUGUAUUCCCCAGAUGUGGAGAUCAUGCCCGAGAGCGAUCUGCCUAGAGAGGGGGAGAAGUUUCAUCUUAAGUGUUUGGGCAACGGCAACCCUGAGCCCACCUCCUACAUUUGGGAGAAGAAAGAUGGAGAGCUCCCCCCACUGGCCAAAGUCGACGGUGCUUUCUUGCGCUUUGAGGUGCUCAACAAAUCAGAUAAUGGCGUCUACCUCUGCCACGCUGACAAUGGCAUUGGAAGUAGCCAGGCAGAGUACACACUCCUAGUGCAAGACCCCACAGCCAUGUCGACCUCUUCGGGGGUGGACCACGCCGUGAUCGGAGGGGUGGUGGCUGUUAUCGUCUUUAUCCUGCUCUGCCUCCUCAUCGUCCUCGGCAGAUACCUCAUCAGACACAAAGGAACGUAUCUGACCCACGAGGCCAAGGGCUCGGACGACGCCCCCGACGCCGACACAGCCAUCAUCAACGCAGAGGGAGGUCACUCCGGAGCAGAAGACAAGAAGGAGUACUUCAUCUAGAUAGAGGACGCAGUGGAGGAGGAGGAAAAGAUGGAGGACGUGGAUUAGAGGAGAGGGGAGGAGUGAAGAGAAAAAAACCUCCAUUUGUUUUCACGACGCUUCAGUUCUUCACUCAGUUGGAGGGAUAAUGGGAGGGGAAGGGAGGGAAAGAACUGUGGGCAGGAUCAACUGGUACUACCCUCUUUGCAUUGAUACAGGGAAGUGAGAUUUUGCACUGACAUUCGGAUGAACUGAAGUUACACACUCAAACACACACACACACACGAACAAACGUACAUGAGUUAGUUUUAUGGGAAAACUCUUCUCACCCAGACUUGAAUGCUCGUAGAUGCUCAGAUUAACAAACACGAGCCUCCUACUAACACGUCUCAAUUAUUUCUGAAUGACCCAUUAACACAUUUUGACACGAGCAUCGUAUUGCUAUUCCUGACUGUCAUCGCCUCGAAAAACAAAAUUGUAACUCACAUUCCGGGUAUCCCGAGCUGAUACUUCACUUCUCACACCACGCCAACCCGUCUCUUCAACAUUUAAACCAAACCAGCUCUUGUCUUUUCACGUUUGUGUCCUCAUUCUCUCCAUCUAACAAGGCAGUAUCCCUCUGUAAACAUCCGAGUGGCAGAGAAAUCCAUCCAGAAAAAAUUAUGACUGACAAACAUAAUCUCCCUCUCUCACAGUUUAAUCUUUUUAUGCCAUCAAACCUCUUCCUGCGUCCUCACAAACCCUGGUAUACGAGCCGAUGAAUUUCCCAUAAUGCAGCACCACACAACAUGCAACACUCAUGCAAAAAUAGCAUUCCCACCUUGCGCUACCAAGCUGAGGGGCUCCAGUAUACAUAUAUAAAUAUAUAUAUAUAAAUAUAUAUAAA